AUGCCCCGGGAAAACAAACACAGCCGAGGGCGGAGAAGCGAGAAAAAGGAGCAAAAGAGAAAAAGAGAAGAUGGUGAAGACGAAACCAACGAGCCCAAAAGGCAGAAAUCGCAGGACCCUGAAAAUCUCCCCGAAGAUGUAGAUUUUAUAGGUCUCGACAACUCUACUACCGCUCCUGAAGGCGGCCCUGGCGAGGGCACUGCUGGCACCGAGCGCCCAUUCUAUGGCAUGCUGGAAGAUGAAGAACAAGAAUAUUUCCGGCGGGCGGACGAGCUCCUCGAAUUGAACGAUUUCCCCUCGGCCGAAGAGCGGACUCUCUUCCUCGAGAAUGUAUACCGCGAGGCGGAAUCCGAGGAAUUGAAGCUCGCUUGUAGCCAGUCUUGUUCACGGUUGAUGGAGAGAUUGAUACUGUUGAGCACUUCAGAGCAGAAGAAGAAGCUAUAUGAGAAGUUUGCGGGGAAUUUUGCGCAUCUGGUGCAGCAUCGGUUUGCAAGCCAUUGUUGCGAGACUCUGUUCAUUCAAUCUGCGCCAGUGGUUACAGAGGAGCUUGCGGGUGGACCGAAGAAGAAGAAUGAGGAAGAAGAUGAGGGCGAGGCCAACGCGUCAAUGGAGAGUCUAUUCCUUGCUACCUUGGAUGAACUCGAAGGGCAAAUGUCGUUCCUGUUGACGGAUCGAUUCGCGUCCCAUACGCUCAGGGUUCUGCUGGUUAUAUUAUCUGGACGGCCAUUGGACCAAUCAUCGACCAACUCUCUGCUUCAAAGCAAGAAGAAAGAGAAGAUUGCUAUUGCCAACAUGGACAAUACCCCUUCAAAGGUUUCUUUGGGCAAGCGAGUGGUUCCCGAAUCCUUCCAGUUCGCCGUCGAAAAGAUAAUAUCGGACACCAUCGCAACAAUGGAUCCUUCUUUUAUCCGAGUCCUUGCCACACAUCCCACAGGCAACCCGACAUUACAACUGCUCCUCGAGCUGGAACUUACCAAUCCUAACACUAAGAAAGGAAGCAACGCCGAACAGAAAACUAUCAUUUCAGCGCUUCUCCCCGACGAUAUAGGCACCGAAGGCUCCUCUUCCAUCUUUAUAAACGGCAUUCUCUAUGACCCUAUAGGCUCUCGCCUCCUCGAAACAAUCUGCUCACAUGCCCCAGGCAAGUUGUUCAAACAGAUCUACCGGACUACAUUUAAAGAGCGGAUUGCAAGUCUGGCACGAAAUGAAAUAUCAAGCUACGCGGUAAUUCGCGUACUCAACCGUCUGAGCAAGGAAGAUCUGGAAGAAGCGGUGGAGAAUAUCACCCCACAAAUUGCGGGAUUGGUGGAGAGGUCACGGACUGUCAUUAUCAAAACUUUGCUUGAGAGAUGCCACACCAGGAAAUCCGAGAAGUCUGUGAAGUCCCUGACGGAUGCUAUUGCCUCGGCCUAUGGCUCUGAUCCCUCUACUCUUGCCCUGAAGAUGUCGUGUAUAGACGACAUCGAUGCCCUUACGAAAGCCAUCAUCUCUCCCCCCGCAGCCCCCGCCGAAGAGGUUGAAGCUGGAGAUACCGACGAGAAAAAAGAUGCAACGAGCAAAGCAAAGGCGCCGCAAACACCAGCAAUCCCCAAACCAACACCCCAACAAACCCACGGCUCACUCUUAGCACAAAGCAUGCUCGCCCUCCCCGGCGCGCCCUCCGCUCUCCUCCAAACGUCACUCCUGGCGCUCUCUCCAUCUGUGCUCCUCACUCUAGCAAUCUACAAACCAACCUCCCACAUCCUCCAAUCCGCCCUACAGGCAGCCGCAACCCCCCCAACCUUCCGGCGCAAACUGCUUAACGCUCUGCUCUUUUCCACAGUAUCAUCAACAUCCGAGCAGGAGCAAGAACAGGCCCAGGAUCCAGCCCUAACCCUCGCUCUCUCCGCAACCGGUUCUCACACACUCGACGCCAUCCUCCUUAGCACAGCCUCAACAUCCUCUCUGUUCACACUCACCGAACGCGUAGCUCAACGCCUAACAACCCACGAGUCCACAUUGCGUGAUUCAUUCACCGGAAGAAUCGUGUGGAGGAAUUGGUUCAUGGACCUGUUUAACCGCCGACGAGGGGAUUGGGUGAACAAGAUAAAAACGCACGCCGCCUCACUUGUCCCUCAACCGUCUACCUCUCGCUCCGAGAACACAGCAACCAAGAACGAAGGUGCAAAGCAAGGAAAGAAGGCGAAAAAGUCGGGAUCUCAGAUAGUUGAUACUACCGAGGAUUCAUCGACGAAGCCAGCUAAAUCAGCAAUCCAACUCGCACGCGAGAAAUUUGCUGCGAAGAAGCUUGCCCAGGGACCUUCUCAAUUCAAACCAAAAGCUCCCAAGCAGAAGCAAGACAGCACAGAUGCACUAUCGGACCAGGGCAAUAUCCACCCAAGUCGGAAGAUCGCCGCUGGUUAG